GCGGCAUUUCAGCAGGGAGAUUUACACCAGAAAUGACUGGAUUUGUGGGUGCAACACGAAGAAUGCCCUUUUCUGCUUUCCUUGCAUACUUUUCGGUGGUAGGUGUUACAGAUUUAGUGCACCUGGUUGAAAAAAUUAAGAAGCAUGAAAACUCUAAAACACAUCUUCAUAAUUCGAUGGAAUUGGCUUUAUUGGGGACUGUUAACAUCACAGCUCAGUUAGAUUCAGAAUAUUGGAGAAAUGUACAACAGGAUAAUGAUACCGUUACGAAAAACAGGAACUAAGAAAGGUAAACACAGAUUCAACAACAACGUAUCAAAAUAUGCAGGACUAUCAAUGAUACAAAAAGGUCAAAGAAAAUGCUCGGCGAAGUUUGAUUUUGUGUUCUUGCAGGGGAUGGGGAAUCGUCGUAUUCAGAAGAUCGGUGUCCUUCACCACCCACCGAUGCGCUUUUCUCGUCCUAAACUCGAUGAGAUGCCUGUACAAUUUGAGGAUGAUGGCUCCAUAACAUAUCACAAAGCCCAUUUCCCGGAACCAUGGCUCCAGGAGACACUGGACUAUCGAAGGUUGAAAGAACUUCACUACCACCUGGAGGAUAAAUGA